UGACCAAAGUCAAUAUGGCAGCCACGUCCUUUUAGAAUUUAAGUGCAAUGAAGUCAUUUUUUUUUUUUCCCCCCUAUGGGUGAAAGCGUUUGGCUAUUCUUUUUGGAGGCGUGGUUGCCAGGAGUCAAAAUGGCUCCUUUCUGGAAUAGAUUUAAUAGGAAGUGAAGCCGUGACGGCGAGGCUUUGCCCGGCCUAUUCCCGCGAGGCGUCUCGGAGCGAGUUCCUUUUGCCCACAGUAGACAUGGCGCUGGCCAGCGUGUUGGAGAGGCCGCUACCAGCGAACCGGCAUGGGUUUUUUGGACUCGGGGGUCGUGCAGAUCUGCUGGAUCUGGGUCCAGGGAAUCCCAGCGAUGGCCUGAGCCUGGCCACGCCCAGCUGGGGUGUCCCAGAGGAGCCGGGAAUUGAAAUGCUUCAUGGAACCACAACGCUGGCCUUCAAGUUCCGUCAUGGAGUCAUAGUUGCAGCCGACUCCAGGGCUACAGCGGGUGCUUACAUUGCUUCCCAGACGGUGAAGAAGGUGAUAGAGAUCAACCCCUACCUGCUGGGCACCAUGGCUGGGGGCGCAGCGGAUUGCAGCUUCUGGGAGCGGCUGUUGGCUCGGCAAUGUCGAAUCUAUGAGCUUCGGAAUAAGGAACGCAUCUCUGUAGCAGCUGCUUCCAAACUGCUUGCCAACAUGGUGUACCAGUACAAAGGCAUGGGGCUGUCCAUGGGCACCAUGAUCUGUGGCUGGGAUAAGAGAGGUCCUGGUCUCUACUAUGUGGACAGUGAGGGGAACCGGAUCUCGGGAGCCACCUUCUCUGUAGGCUCUGGCUCUGUAUAUGCUUAUGGGGUCAUGGAUCGGGGCUACUCUUAUGACCUGGAAGUGGAACAGGCCUAUGAUCUGGCCCGUAGAGCCAUCUACCAAGCCACCUACAGAGAUGCCUACUCAGGAGGUGCGGUCAACCUCUACCACGUGCGGGAGGAUGGCUGGAUCCGAGUCUCCAGUGACAAUGUAGCCGAUCUACAUGACAAGUAUAGUGGAUCUACCCCCUGAAGGAGGGUGGAUGUGGCUGCUUGCAUUUCUUGGGGUGACUGUCAUUGGCAAUAUGGAUACAGUGCCCCAUCCUGUCUAUAGUGGAGGGUCCUCAAUUGUAUCAGUACUUUUUUUUAAAGCUCUGGAACAUUGACCUCUAUAUGUUACCAGUUGUUAAUGAGCUGCUGCAGAGGUGACUAUUUGUUUUACUUUCUUGGAUGUUAACAUUACACUACUCGACCUCA